UCGGGCUUAGUGGUUAGAGUGGGGAGCGGGGGAAUCAGUGUGCCUGAGUUACAUCCCUAGCUCUGCCAGUGAUUCACUGGGUCACUCGGGGUGAGUCACAGCACCACUUACUGCCUCAGUUUCCCCACAUCCAACUUGAGAACCAACCCAUUAAUAGCUGCCUGAGCCACACUCCAGACAGGGGGUCCACAGAAUAACCAGGACAGAGAGAAACAUCCAGCCAUGCCCUCUCUAGAGUGACCCCCUUUCCCCCUCAUCCAGUGGAUCUUAUCUCGGCCUCCCCACCGCAGGAGCUGUCAGGUCCCAGGCUCUGUCUAUAUCACUGAGCCUAUGCCAACAUAAUCCGGUCCCCGUCACCAUAGCAUCUGACUGCCUCACAGUCUUUGCUGCAUUUAUCCUCACACACCCCAGGGAAGUAGAGCCAGGCUAUUAUCCCCAUUGAACAGCGCAGGAACUGAGGCACAGAAAGACUAAGUGACUUGUCCAAGAUCACACAGGAAGUCUGUGGCAGAGCCGGGAAGUGAAACAGGUCUCCCAAGUUUCAGACUAGUGCCCUGACCAACAGACCAUCCUUCUUCUCUUGUGGAAGCAAGCCCCCUGGUGUCAGAGGAGAGGCGUGAUGACCCCGAUGCCCAUCCCAAAGCUUUUGACUCUUUUAGGGCUUAUCUGCAAAGUGAAGUUAUUCUGGACUAAGCAGCCCCCAGACGCAGGAUCACACCCAGGCCUCACGCCUCAGGGGCCAGGCCCAGCCUUGUUCUACCCGGCAGGGCCCGCUCUCAGCAUCCCUCCAGCCCCUUGGGCAUCUGGGAAUAUUGUUGCACAAGAGCACAACUACUGCAGCUGGCCAGACUCUGAGGGCAGUGUGCGAAGAGCCCCCAACUCAGAGAGAGUGGGGCUGGCCUCAGUCAGAAGCAGAUGGCAAACACGUCAGGACCCAGGGUACAAAGCUAGUCAGCGACCCUGGGCCUCUAUGCCCCCCGGACCCACAACAGCCAGCGUCUUCUGCAGCCGCCAGCCCCUCAGGGUGAGGAGGAGGGCAAAGGCCCAGGUUGUUCAGCCACUCCAGAUCCAUGGCCUAUCCCUGGGCCAGUAUCAGCAGCUGUUCCGCUCACUGGUGGAACGGGAGCUGGGUCCAGCAGAGACCCCAGGCCAUGGGCUAGAAUGGGGCCGCAGGAUCAAAGAGCAGCUGUUCUACGCUGUGGGCUGCCCCCGCUACCGGCAGCUGGUGGGUCCCGACGGGCAUGUCCGGGUGGUGGAGUAUGCACACCGCACUGGGCACAGGCAGGCCCCACCCCACUAUGACAUCGACACUGGGGAUGAGGAGCCACCUGACACCGAGGAGGCACCAGGCCCAGUUGAGCCUUCACCCUAAGAGGCCAAUCCUGCAGAGCCCAGCUGGGCCCAGCCCCAUGCAGGCAAACCUCUGUCAAUUACACUGUGAACCUGGCAGCGUGUGAUCUAUGUCCUGUCUGUUGUGAAGGGACCGAGGUGGAGCUGAGUCUGGGUCCAGCCAGGUCAUUGUUCCCAGCUCUGGUUUUCUUGAUUGCCCUCCCAGGCAUGGACCCCAUGGGGCUCUGCAGUCCAGCUGCCCUCGCCCCCAGAACUGAUGCCCCAGGUCUUCUGAACCCCUAGUUACUUACACACACAUCCCACUGGCUGUGGGUGCUCUGGGCUUCUAGUUUAACCUCUUGAGGGACAAUACGACAGGAAUGCAGGGAACACAGAGUUAGCAAAGGCAGCUCUGAACCACAGUCACUUUACUCUUUCAAAGCGCUCAAUAGUAACGGAUCUCUGGAAAAUAACAAAAGUCCAAAACC